AGAUAUGCUUCCACCCCAGUUCUAAUGGAUCCCAAAGGCUCCAUCGUCUUUUCCACCAUCAGCAGGCCAAACUAUGGCUUCGACGUCUUCUUCGUCCAACUAAACCACAUCACUGCCGCCAUUGAGGACUGCCUCACUGAUGGCUGCUCUGUCAACUUCAAUGCCCAAUUCGUUGAUGAAGACCAAUCCGUUGUCUUUGUCUCCGGAAGAUCAAGAUCACCCCGAAUCUAUCUCACUCGCCCUGGCCUACCCAAUCUCGAUUGUUUUCCCAAAAUCCGACUUGAGGAUGAUGACGAUGAUUCGAGUGAUGGCGAGGAUGAUGAAUCAAAUGCUGAGAGCGAUUUGUCCGACGAUGUGUUGGCUGAGGUUGAUUCGGACGAUGAAAGCCUCAUCCCCGUCGGUGAGAGCGAAGAGCGCAGACGAAAUUCAUUUCAAAAUUGAAAUUCAUGGGUUUGAGAGUGAAAUUGAAAUACACGGACUUAACUCUUUAGAAUUACUUUGUUGAAAUGCAUGUAUUUCAUGUAAAUUCAAUUACUUUCUGUUUAUAUGAAAAUAAACAGUGAUAUUGAAU